UGGGGCGGUUUUACCCCAAAAGCGGCGACUUUGGCAGCGCUCCCCCCUUCCCCUCUCCCCCCUUCCCCCAAAUCGAGGAUGGCGGAGGCGCCGGUGGUGCCGGUGUACUGCACGGGCGUCUCGGCGCAGGUGCAGCGGGAGCGGGCGAAGGCGCUGGGGCUGGGCCGCCACGAGAACGCCGUGCGCUACCUGGGCCAGGACUUCGCCGCGCUGCGCGACGCCUGCCUGCGCUCCGGCUCCCUCUUCCGCGACGACGCCUUCCCCCCGGCCCCGGCCUCGCUCGGCUUCAAGGAGCUCGGCCCCGGCUCCUCCAAAACCCGCGGCGUGCAGUGGAUGAGGCCCACGGAGCUGUGCUCGCGCCCGCAGUUCAUCGUGGACGGGGCCACGCGCACCGAUAUCUGCCAGGGAGCGCUGGGUGACUGCUGGCUGCUGGCGGCCAUCGCCUCGCUGACGCUGAACGAAACCAUCCUGCACCGCGUGGUGCCGCACGGGCAGAGCUUCCAGCACGGCUACGCCGGCAUCUUCCACUUCCAGAUCUGGCAGUUCGGCGAGUGGCUGGACGUGGUGGUGGACGACUACCUGCCCACCAAGGACGGCAAGCUGCUCUUCGUCCACUCCGCCGAGGGCACCGAGUUCUGGAGCGCCUUGCUGGAGAAAGCCUACGCCAAGGUGAACGGCUGCUACGAGGCGCUGUCGGGCGGCAGCACCUCGGAGGGCUUCGAGGAUUUCACCGGCGGCGUGACCGAGUGGUACGACCUGCGCAAGCCGCCCCGAGACCUCUACCAAAUCAUCCUCAAGGCGCUGGAGCGGGGCUCCCUGCUCGGCUGCUCCAUCGACAUAACGAGCGCCUUCGACAUGGAGGCGGUGACGUUCAAGAAGCUGGUGAAGGGGCACGCCUACUCGGUGACGGGAGCCAGGCAGAUCAACUACCGCGGCCAAGCCCUGGACCUGAUCCGCAUGCGCAACCCCUGGGGCGAGGUGGAGUGGACGGGGCCCUGGAGCGACAACUCGUCCGAGUGGAACGCGGUGGAGCCGGCGCUGAGGCAGCAGCUGAUGGUGAAAAUGGAGGACGGCGAAUUCUGGAUGGCUUUCCGGGAUUUCCUCCGGGAAUUCACCCGCCUGGAGAUCUGCAACCUCACCCCGGACGCCCUCCAGUCCCGCAAAUUCCGCAAGUGGAACACGCGGCUCUACGACGGCACCUGGCGCCGCGGCAGCACGGCCGGCGGCUGCCGCAACUACCCCGCCACUUUUUGGAUCAACCCGCAGUUCAAGAUCCAGCUGGAGGAGGUGGACGACGACGGGGACGAGGCGGGCGGGCGGGAGCCGGGCUGCAGCUUCCUGCUGGCGCUGAUGCAGAAGCACCGGCGCCGCGAGCGCCGCUACGGCAAGGACAUGGAGACCAUCGGCUUCGCCGUCUACGAGGUACCCGCGACCCCCCCCCCGGUGUCACCGGCGUCCCCCGGUGUCACCGGCGUCACCGCUGGCCUCACCUCUUGCGCCCCGUCCCCGCAGGUCCCUCCGGAGCUGGCGGGGCAGUCGGGCGUGCACCUCAAGCGGGAUUUCUUCCUGGCCAACGCGUCGCGCGCCCGCUCGGAGCAGUUCAUCAACCUGCGCGAGGUCAGCACCCGCUUCCGCCUGCCGCCCGGCGAGUACAUCGUCGUGCCCUCCACCUUCGAGCCCAACAAGGAGGGCGACUUCGUCCUCCGCGUCUUCUCCGAGAAGAGAGCCGGCACCGAGGAAAUGGACGACAAGAUCCAGGCGACGCUGCCGGACGAGAAAGUGCUCUCGGAAAGCGAGAUCGACGCCAACUUCAAGCAGCUCUUCAAGCAGCUCGCGGGGCCGGACAUGGAAAUCAGCGUCACCGAGCUUCAGACCAUCCUCAACCGCAUCAUCAGCAAACAUAAGGAUCUCCGCACCAAAGGCUUCAGCAUCGAGUCGUGCCGCAGCAUGGUCAACCUCAUGGACAAAGACGGCAACGGCAAACUGGGGCUGGUGGAGUUCAACGUCCUGUGGAACCGAAUCCGCAACUACCUGGCCGUGUUCCGCAAGUUCGACCUGGACAAGUCCGGGAGCAUGAGCGCCUACGAGAUGCGGAUGGCGCUGGAAGCGGCAGGGUAUAAAUUGAACAAAAAGCUGCACGAGCUCAUCAUCACCCGCUACGCCGAGCCCGACCUGGCCAUCGACUUCGACAACUUCGUCUGCUGCCUCGUGCGCCUGGAGACCAUGUUCCGCUUCUUCCAGGCGCUGGACGGGGACCGUGACGGCGUCGUCACCGUGGGGCUGCUGCAGUGGCUGCAGCUCACCAUGUUCGCCUGACCCGAGGACGUUUUGGGGGAAUUUCUGCGCUUUUUGUCGCUCCGCCUGACUUUUUGGGGGGGGGGGGGGACAGGUUUUGGGGACCGCCCCCCCCCCCCCGGUGCCACAAUCAGGGAUCUGCUGCCCGCCGGGUGCCAGCGUGGUUCUUCUUAUUUUGUACUGCGUGCCCCCCCCGAAAACCAAAAAUCCUAUUAAAAUUCUUCUUCC